AUGUCUCUUGAACGCGUCGAUUCGGUUGACCCUACAGAGGUGUACGACUACAUCAUUUGCGGUGGCGGCACAUCAGGCUGUGUAAUAGCAGGCCGUCUCGCCGAAGAUCUCAAUGCCAAAAUUCUUGUCCUAGAAGCCGGGCCCGACAAUGCCGAUCUUGAAAAUGUACAUAUGGCGGGAGGAUGGAGCCAGAAUUUCGACAAAGAGACAGACUGGAACAUCGUCACGGAGCCCAUGCCUAAAGUCGAUAACCGACAGGUCAAGGUCAGCAGAGGACGCUUCCUUGGUGGAUCGAGUGGCGUGAACGGCACGCUUUGCAUACGAGGCACAAAGCAAGAUUAUGACGAUUGGGAGAUGGAUGAGUGGACUGGUGAUAAGAUGUUCGAAUACAUGAAGAAGUCCGAGACCUUCCACGAGAAGGAUUGGCACAAAGCCGAUAUGUCUGUUCAUGGCUCGUCAGGGCCUCUGCACAUCGAGCCCCACGACCUCGCACCCAUAUCUGAACGUGUCAGGGAAAGUCUUGUCGACAAGGGUCUGCCUUACCACGCGGACAUGUUCUCAACCGGAGAGACGCCACAUGGAUGUGGCGACGUGCCACGGACAGUGCAUCAAGGUAUACGAAGUACCGCCGCCGACUUCAUCACCAAAGGCUAUCGACGGGAGAAUAUCACGAUCAAGACUGAGGUGACUGUUGACAAGCUGCUAUUCAGCCAGGAUUCCGGAGACCUUGCAGCAACGGGUGUCGCUACCAUAUCCAAGAACGGUAAGAAGCUCGAUUACCACGCGAGAAAAGAAGUCAUCGUUGCAGCAGGCGCAUACUGCAGCCCACCCAUCCUGAUGCGCUCUGGUCUUGGUCCAAAGGAACAACUGGAAAAGCAUGGUAUCGAGUGUCGCGUCGAUCUUCCAGGUGUAGGAGGCAAUCUUAUGGACCACAUUCUCUGCUUCAUCUUCUACGAAGUCUCGGAACCCAACCUCACGAACGAUCACCUCGCAUACCACGACGACGCCAUGACCUCCACCUACGCGUUAUACAAAGAGAAGAAAACAGGCAUCUUAUCUACCUUCCCUUUCGGCAUCUUCGGCUACGCGCGCCUAGACGAGCGCCUCCAAGACUCACCCUUGUGGAAGGAUGCUCCCCGUCAACCCGGACGCGACCCCAUGGGCCUCACCCCCUCGCAACCAAACAUCGAGUUUUGGAACACUGAACUCUACGGUGGACCCAAACAAUACGCCGACUUCCCUGUCGAUCACAAACAAGCCUUCGCCAUGUGUGCCCUGCUCUUCAACCAGCAUAGCAGGGGUAGCGUGACGCUGAAGUCGGCUGAUCCAUUCGAAAACCCCAUUGUGGAUCAUGCGUAUCUGGAGGAUCCACUGGAUAUGCUGGUUAUGACUGAGGCAUGCCGAUUUGCGAACGAAAUUGUUACGCAGGGGAAGGGGACAAGAAGUCUGAUAAAGGGGAGUUGGCCUGAUGCCCUAGCGCAUCAUGGCUUUGAGACUAGAGAGGAGUGGGAGCCGCAUGUUAGGGAACAUGCUACUACCUGUUACCACGCAUCCGGUACCUGCGCGAUGGGUAAAGCGGAUAACCCCAAUGCUGUUCUCGACUCGCGACUCCGUGUGCGCGGUGUCAGGAAUCUACGCGUGGCGGACGUGUCUUCCAUUCCAAAGGUUAACAAUGGGCAUACACAGAUGGUGGCGUAUGGUAUUGGUGAGGGAGCUGCGGAAAUGAUCAAGGAAGAUGCUGCUGGGAAUCACUUCUUGAAGCUUACUGCUGAUGUCAAGAGCAUGGCAGUGUAG